AUGGGAAAUCAUAAUGAAAUUAAACUUGCAAAAUGGACUUCGACAAAUGAAGAGCUUCAACAAGCAAUUGAUGAAGCCAGCGAGAUUCUUAAACGUGAAAGGAUGUCAAAGUUAAUCGCUUUAAACGAAGCUGAGAAAAGAGAGGAGAAUCUUAGGAAAGCUUUGAUCUCCGAGAAGCAAUUUGCAGCUGAGCUUGAAAGAGAUUUGAAAUAUUUGCAACAAGAACAUUCUGAGGUGAAAUCUACUUCUGAGGCAAAGUUAGCUGAAGCCAAUGCUUUGGUUAUGGGUAUCAAGGAAAAUUCUUUAGAGGUGGAUAGAAAGAGGGCCAUUGCUGAAGAAAAGCUUUCAGUGAUUAACAGAAAGAGUUCUGAGUUGGAGAAGAAACUAAAAGAGGUGGAGACUCGCGAAAAGGUGCUCCAAAGGGAGCAUCUUUCUCUUGUUACAGAACGAGAAGCACACGAGGCAGUGUUCUACAAGCAGAGAGAAGACCUAUAAGAAUGGGAGAAGAAGCUAACACUAGAAGAAGAUCGAUUGUCUGAAGCUAAAAGAAGCGUUAACCAUAUAGAGGAAAGAAUUAUUGAAAGUGAAAAAACUAUCAAGAAGAAAGAGAAGAUCCUUAAAGAGAAAGAAGAAUUUAUAAACAGUAUGCUGAAUGACAUUUCUAUGAAGGAAAAAGCCUUCGAGGCCAUGAAGACCAAUAUUGAUAUGAAGGAAAAGGAGCUCCAUGAGCUUGAGGAAAAGCUUAUUGUGAGGGAGCAGAUGGAGACCGGGAAGCUCUUUGAUGAUCAGAACGCUGUUCUAGAUUCCAGAAAGCAUGAGUUUGAAAUGGAGCUUGAACAGAUGAGGAUAUCCCUCAAUGAAGAGCUUGAGAGAAAGAAAAGUGAAGUUGAGCAGCUAGAAGUUGAGAUCAGCCACAAGGGAGAGAAAUUGGCGAAGAAGGAGUCAACGUUGGAAAAAAUGGAGGAGAUAGUGAAGGAGAAAGAAAAGGAUCUUGAAGCAAGGCAGGAAGUUGUGAAGGAAAAAGAAAAAGCUCUAAAAGCCGAAGAGAAAAAGCUGCAUAUGGAAAACAAGCGGUUGCUCGAAGAUAAGGAAAGUCUGCGUCAACUAAAAGAUGAGAUUGAAGAGAUCGGGGCUAAGACAACAAAGCAGGAGUCAAGGAUUCGCGAAGAACAUGAAAGUCUCAGGAUUACAAAAGAAGAGAGACUCAAGUUUCUGAGGCUGCAGUCUGAACUGAAGCAGCAGAUAGAUAGAGUUGAGCAAGAGGAGGAGUUGCUCUUGAAGGAACGUGAAGAACUGAAAACAGCUAAGGGAAGAUUGGAGAAAGAGUGGGAAGCCUUGGAUGAGAAGAGGGCUGACAAAACUAGAGAGCAAAAGGAAGUUACUGAAGAAAAAGAAAAUUUGAGAAGUUUGCAAACAUCAGAAAAGCAUAGGCUGAAGAGAGAAGAUAUUAUUUUAAGGGAUAAUUCGAAAAGGGAGGUGGAUGAUGUCGAGAUGCAGAGAGAAUCAUUUGAAGCUGGCAUAGAGACUAAGAAACUAUUUUCGCAUGAUAAUGCCAACAUUCAGACCAGUCAGUUGGCUGAAGAUCUUAGGACGUAAAGAAGGAAUCUUGACAUGGAGUUGCAGAGGCACGAUGAAGAGGGUGGGAAAGAUUUAAAUGAAAAGGCGAUAACAUAUGAGAAGAGAGGCCACGAAGAGCUUAAUGACACCAUUAGUUACAUAAGGAAGCUGUCAGAGAGAGAGAUGGAAGAAGUGCAAUACGAGAAGCUUGCUCUGAAGAGGGAAAGAGAAGAAAUUUCUGUCAAAAGAAAGACGUUGUAUAAACAAUCUGUUGUGUUUUAUAUGGGCGUCGAUGAUUCACUUAGAAUCUCUUUGAAAGAGAAACGAGAACAAAUAUGUUGUGCUAAGGAGCGUUUCGCACUAUUUCUGAAAGAAAAUAAGCUCUGCAAUUCCUGUGGAGAAAAAUUUCACAAGUUUGUUCAGUCUAAUCGAGCACCUGAUAUUGAAACAAUGAAAUCAGAGAUGAAGAAACUAGAUUUGCCUGCCAAAAAUCAGACCAGUCAGUUGGUUGAAGAUCUUGGGACGCAAAGAAGGAAUUUUGACAUGGAGUUUCAGAGAUCAUAUGAGAAGAGAGGCCAAGAAGAGCUUAGUGACAACAUUAGUUACAUAAAGAAGCUGGCUCAGAGAGAGAUGGAAGAAGUGCAAUACGAGAAGCUUGCUCUGAUGAGGGAAGAGAAUAAAUUUUUUGACAAAUGGAAGACGUUGUAUAAACAAUCUGUUGGGUUACAUAACAACAUCGAACAGAUAGAUGCACUUACAAUCUAUUUGAAAGAUCAACUAGAACAGGAAUGCUGUGAGAAGGAGCGUUUCGUACUAUUUGUGAAAGAAAUGAUGCUCUGCAAUUCAUGUGGAGAAAAUUUUCACAAGUUUGUUCAGUCUAAUCGAGCACCUGAUGUUGAAAAUGGGGACAAACUUUCCGACAAUAGCAAAAGUGCAUCUUUGAUUGGGACACUGGCUGCGAUUAAGCUUCCAGAAUCUUGGCAACAUUAUGAUACUCUGGAUACUCUGGACACUCUGGAUACUUUGGAUACAGUGGCAGGCAAUGAUCAUGAAGCAUCUGGUACUGAACAGAGUUUCGCAGAAGUAAAAGAAGAAGGUCCUGAAGUUUCCCUGCAAUCAGAGAUAAAGAGUGAUAAAUCUAGGCGUGGUAGAGGUAGGAGUAAGUCUGUUAGAGGAAGACCGCAGGCAACAAAAGCUGCGUCUAGAGAUUCAAAAACAUCAGAUGAGGAAAUUGUUAAGGCCAUGGACAUUAUACAGGUUGAAGCAGAGACCGAGUUCAAGAAUGACAAUAGGGGAAAGAGGCCAGUCCAAGAUCCACAGUUUGAAGCAGGAAGCAGCGGUGAAAAAAAAGAGGAUGAUGGGAAUAUCAGUAUGAUUGAAGAGGAGAACAAAGGAGAAGAGGAAGAAGAAGAAACAGAGCGCCCAGACGAGGCUUCCAUAGGAAAAAAGAUUUGGGCCUUUCUCACAAUCUAAUCAUUUUCUCCCUCUUUCUUUCUAUAAAAGACAAAAACUAUCCCACAAGUAGGA